AUGAAGUGGUUUGAGGCGCUAUCGACGAGUGCGGCCUCAUGUCUUGACUACCCUAACUCAACGACUGAGGCAUACAAUCAACUUUCCCAACAUGUCCCACAAUCCUUUACUAUUGAGGAGUUGCGACACGCAGCCGAGGGGUUUCUUGCGAGAAACGAGUCUAUCGCAGCCGAAAGUCUCCUCGCCGUCCUUACCUGCUUACGAUACCCCCAACGACUUGCCAAUCUACCCUCAUCCGAGCUUAGUUCACUUCAGAGGCUUGCGCGAAUCAUUGCUGAUGCCAUUGCCCCCGUCAUCACCAAGAGUCAAGAUGCGAUAGACGAUGACGACGACAUCCCAGCAGUCUUCAACGACGAGCUCAAGCAGGCACGAGAGCAACUCGUAAACUGCUCUCGCACCCUUUCCAACCUGGGGAUCGAAGCUCUAGAUGAGCUGUUGGCGAUCUCCGACAAUGAGGUAAAAUUCGAUGAGGAGACUCUCAUCACCAUUCUUGCUUUCACCGACCAAGAGAAAGACGACUGGAACCCUAGUGAAAAUCCAGAGACGACUGCUAGAGCGACUAGAAUUCUGGAGCAACAGCUCCAGAGCAACUCUGGCGCAAAGGACAGUUUCAUUACAGAAAUUAUCCUUCAACGUUACCUUCGUCCACUCUUCUCCCGAUCCAAACCGACGUCAAUUACCUCCUCAGGCCGAAAGGCCGAGUACAUCGAUAGCAUCAGAAGAGGAGAGAACAUACCAGACGAUACAUCACUAACGAAGCCGUGGAAGUAUACGGACUUGAGGGCUGUUCCUGCAAUUUCAUGGGCGGUAGCCCAGGCAGAUAAAAGCUUGAUAGCCCAACACUGGCCCCUAUACACUCCUGUUCUUCUCACCCUCGCCGAUGACAACAGUACGCCACUUCGUCGCCGUGGUCUCCUGCUCAUGACCGAUUUUCUCUCCAAGCUUCCUUCCAAGAUCCUGCGCUCGACAGGCCUAGCUAGCGUUUUUGAGGAUGCGGCCUUUCCCACACUCGCUUUCUUGCCGAGUCUCACACCGGAUGAUGCAUCCGUGCAGCUUCUACCAGCCGCUUACGAGGUGCUAAGAACGUUGGCUCGCAAGCGGGCUGAAGCAGAAACGGAGCUGGGUUCUGGAGAGAAAGAGAAGAUGGCGUUGCUGGACAAGGUAAUGCGGGAGGGUGUGUUUAUGGGGUACUUCCAUGCCAAGGAACACGUCCGGGUCGUCGAGGUGCUGUGCCGGGAAACACAAAUAAUUCUAGGAGAAAUGGGAGUUCAUGGGGUGAAGCACCUGAAGGUGAGAAAGAGCCCAGAACGAAGAAUGGUUGAGUCCCUGGAUCGUCCGAGGGUUAACAGCUUGUAG